AUGCUUACUGCACUUGAGUGCCACUUACAUAGCAAUGAAAGUUCGGCUCGAAUAAAUUUUCAGGUAGAAACAAUCGGCGAUGGUUACCUAUGCGUAAGCGGUUUACCUCACAGAAAUGGCCAGGAGCAUGUCAAGGAAAUAUGCAGCAUGUCUCUUGCAUUCAUGAAAAGUCUUACCAAUUUCAAAAUUCCACAUCUACCGCAAGAGAGAAUCAACUUGAGGAUUGGAGCUCAUACAGGAUCCGUUGUGGCUGGUGUUGUUGGCUUAACAAUGCCAAGAUAUUGUUUAUUUGGUGAUACUGUCAAUACAGCUAGCAGAAUGGAAAGCAAUGGCAAACCUGGAAUGAUACACUUGUCCGCGGACGCAAACAAUCUGUUACAAAUUGUGGGAGGAUUUACGACAGAAACAAGAGGAGAAGUGAUAAUCAAGGGAAAAGGUGUGAUGGAGACCUUUUGGUUGCUUGGGAAUGCAGAAGGGUUAAUACGGGCGCCUAACUCUUAUGUGAUCAGAAAGGAAGAAACAGAAGUCAGGGACGACGUAAACUCUGGUCAACAAGAAGUUCCUACCUCAGAGAGCGAAGGAAUAUAUUCUGAAUUCAGAAGAAAUGGAGCAUUUGCAUAG